GUUUCAGUUUAAGCAUAGCUUGUGAAAUAUAUUAGGAAGUCGGUUUUCAGUUUAAGCAUAGGUUGUUAGGAAGUCGGUUUAAAUGAACAAAAAUGGCGGAUGAUGAUGUUGCUGCUUUGGUCGUAGACAAUGGGUCCGGUAUGUGUAAGGCUGGGUUUGCGGGCGACGACGCCCCUAGGGCCGUCUUUCCAUCCAUUGUUGGUCGGCGCAGACACCAGGGUGCGAUGGUCGGUAUGGGUCAGAAGGACAAUUAUGUCGGUGACGAGGCCGAGAGCAAGAGAGGUAUCCUAACAUUGAAAUACCCGAUCGAACACGGUAUUGUGACUAAUUGGGAUGAUAUGGAAAAAGUCUGGCAUCACACUUUCUACAAUGAACUCCGUGUUGCCCCAGAAGAGCACCCUGUACUUCUAACUGAGGCUCCACUCAAUCCCAAGGCUAACAGAGAAAAAAUGACCCAAAUAAUGUUUGAAACCUUCAACACCCCAGCCAUGUGGGUCCACAUACAGGCUGUUCUGUCAUUGUACGCAUCCUGUCGAACCACUGGCAUUGUGCUAGACUCUGGUGAUGGUGUUUCACACAGCGUCCCUAUCUAUGAAGGUAAAGCCCUUCCCCACGCCAUUAUGCGAUUAGAUCUUGCUGGUAGAGAUCUCGCCGAUUAUCUCGGGAAGAUCCUUACAGAGCGUGGUUAUUAUUUCACCACCACACACGCUGAAAGAGAAAUUAAAAGAGAUGUUAAAGAAAAGCUGUGUUAUGUUGCUCUAGACUUUGCACAGGAGAUGGCCACAGCGGCUUCGUCGAGCUCACUGGAGAAAAGCUAUGAACUCCCAGACGGACAAGUCAUCACUAUUGGCAACGAACGUUUUCGCUGUCCAGAGGCUAUGUUCCAGCCAUCUUUCCUUGGCAUGGGAACCCCAGGUCUCCAUGAAGCCACGUACAACAGUAUCAUGAAGUGUGACGUAGAAAGUCGCAAGGAUUUGUGCGCAAACAUUGUGUUGUCCGGUGGUUCCACAAUGUACCCAGGUAUUGCUGAUCGGAUGCAGAAGGAAAUUACAGCCCUUGCCCCGUCAACCAUGAAAAUUAAGAUCAUUGCUCCCCCCGAAAGAAAAUACUCUGCAUGGGUAGGCGGUUCUAUCCUCGCUUCACUGCCCACCUUCCAAAAGAUGUGGAUCAGUAAACAAGAAUAUGACGAAUCUGGACCUUCCAUCGUACACAGAAAACCCUUCUAGUUCCAAAGAUGCUGAUGUACAUAAUUCAUUUCUGGAAUUUUAUAUGCACUCUGAUUUUCUCUGUAUAUUUGUUUCAGUUCGGAUCAAAACUUCAUAUAGGU